GGAGUUAGCUAUGAUGACGGUGAUGAAUGGGAUGAUCGGGAUUGGGAUAUAGGCUUAGGCGGCUUUCUUCUUCUGCUCUGUCUGGCUCUUUUCUGGGGGAGGGAGAGAGAAGAAAGAGCUUUGUUGCAUUAUUUUGGCGUCAGAAUGGCAAUUGGCUUAUUAACAUUUUUUUUUUCCAUCUGA